UUUUGUUACUUUGUCAUUACAAUUUCAAUUAUUGAAUUACAUUUCAAAAAUUUUAUAUGAUUCAAUAGUUAGAAUACAUUAAGAUAAGGGGGGAACUGAGUAAAUUAAAGAUAGAGGAUGCUUGGCCUAGCAAUACACACCACAUCAAACUAUAUCUGUGACCUCCCUUCUCCCCCUUUCCCUUCUUUUAAAUCAAUCUCUCUCUCUCUCUCUCUCUGAGCGCUAAAAAAAGACUUGAUUUUCUUCUUUCUUUACAAAGGGUACACACAAAAGGUUUAACCAGUUUGAGACUUGGAAAUGGUUUUAUCGAGAAAUACUGCUACUACUACUAAUAGUGGUGGUAUUGUUUAUCUAUUUCUUUGCCUUUUUCUUGCUGAAGUUGGCUUCUGUUUUUCUUCCAAGGUUUAUGUGGUCUAUAUGGGAAGUAGAGAUGGUUAUGACCCAGAUGAAAUUUUGUUGCAAAACCACCAAAUGCUUACUGCUAUUCAUAAAGGAAGUGUUGAACAAGCCAGAGCAUCUCAUCUAUACAGCUACAGACAUGGUUUCAGAGGCUUUGCAGCCAAGUUGACAGAGGACCAAGCUUCCCAAUUAGCCGAGAUGCCGGGAGUGGUGUCGGUGUUUAGGAAUAACAGGAGGAGGCUGCACACCACACAUUCAUGGGAUUUCAUGGGACUUGUGGGUGAAGAAACCAUGGAAAUCCCAGGAUAUUCUACCAAGAAUCAAGUUAAUGUUGUCAUUGGUUUCAUUGAUACUGGAAUUUGGCCGGAAUGCCCAAGUUUUAGCGACGCUGGCAUGCCUCCGGUGCCUGCCGGAUGGAAGGGGCAAUGCCAAUCAGGGGAAUCAUUCAAUGCUUCAAAUUGCAACAGGAAAAUAAUAGGAGCAAGACACUAUUUGAGUGGCUACGAAGCCGAAGAAAAUUCAGUUAACACGGCAUCAUUCAGAUCCCCGAGGGAUAGCUCUGGCCAUGGCAGCCACACAGCCUCAACUGCCUCUGGACGCUAUGUGGCAAACAUGAACUACAAGGGUUUGGCAGCCGGGGGAGCCAGAGGAGGUGCACCGAUGGCCAGAAUUGCUGUCUACAAGACAUGUUGGAACUCGGGAUGCUAUGAUGUCGACAUAUUGGCUGCCUUCGACGAUGCUAUCAGAGACGGGGUCCAUGUCUUGUCACUGUCUCUGGGAACCGAAUCCCCUCAGGGAGACUAUUUCACUGAUGCUAUCUCUGUGGGAUCGUUCCACGCUGCCAGCCAUGGAAUAACUGUUGUUGCUUCGGUUGGAAAUGGAGGGAUUCGGGGGUCUGCAACAAACCUUGCUCCGUGGAUCAUCACUGUCGCUGCCAGCUCAACCGACAGGGACUUUGUAUCCAAUAUCAGACUUGGAAAUGGCGAUAACAUCGUGGGUCAGAGUCUGAGUCUACUUCAAAUGAACACGUCCAGGACGAUCAUCUCUGCUUCGGAUGCCUAUGCCGGAUACUUCACUCCUUAUCAAUCAAGUUACUGCUUGGAGAGUUCGCUGAACAGUACUAAAGCCAAAGGGAAGGUUUUGGUGUGCCGACACGUUGGAAUUUCAACGGAGUCAAAGCUGGAAAAGAGUAGGGUAGUUAAAGCAGCUGGUGGAGUAGGGAUGAUUCUUGUAGAUGAAGAGGAAGAAAGAGUUGCCAUUCCCUUUGUGAUCCCGGCAGCUAUUGUUGGAACAGGAAUAGGGAACAAGAUCCUGUCUUACAUUAAUCGCACACGGGAACCAGCGUCUAGGAUUUUCUCUGCAAAGACGGUCUUAGGAUCUCAGUCUGCUCCUUGUGUAACAGCGUUCUCUUCAAAAGGCCCCAAUAGCUUAACUCCAGAAAUUUUGAAACCCGACAUCACAGCUCCUGGAUUGAAUAUCCUAGCAGCAUGGUCUCCAGCAUCCGAAAAUAUGCUUUCUAACAUUCUCUCUGGCACUUCCAUGGCUUGCCCACAUGUAACAGGAAUCGCAGCCUUGAUCAAAACUGUGCAUCCAUCGUGGUCACCAUCUGCAAUCAAAUCUGCAAUCAUGACAACCGCUGAUUUGUUGGACAAGAAUGGCAAACCUAUCACAGUUGACCCGGAAGGAAGGAAGGCAAAUGCGUUUGAUUAUGGUGCUGGCUUUGUGAACCCAACAAGAGCCUUGGACCCUGGUCUCAUCUACGACGCACAACCAGAAGAUUACAAAGCCUUUCUUUGUUCAAUUGGUUACAAUGACAAGUUGCUGCAACUGAUAACAGGAGAUAACAGCACGUGUGAUCGAACAUUCGCAACACCAACUGGCCUCAAUUAUCCAUCCAUCGCAGUACCCAAUCUCAAGUACAAGUUCUCGCUUACACGGACUGUGACAAACGUUGGGGUCCCGAGAAGCGUUUACGUAGCAGUAGUGUCUCCUCCAAUGGGAAUCAAUGUCACGGUUGCCCCUGAGCGAUUGGUCUUUAGUAGGUAUGGGGAGAAGAUGAAUUUUACUGUUAAUUUCGAAGUAGAAGCUACAUCAGAGGGCUAUGAAUUUGGGUUCUUGACAUGGAGAAGCAGAACAACAUGGGUAACCACACCAUUGGUUGUCCGUGCCGCACCUUCUGACCAUGGGUUACUCAGAUGACAGAGCUGAAAUUGAAGAAUUUAUUUAAGUAGGAGUUCUGAGAAUAGUACUAAUACUAGAAGCAUACCAAGUAGAAUUCAGCUGCAAAACUUGAAUGAAUAUCAACAUCAAUUGUCAAAAAAAGUAGCGGAGUUUUUUUUCUUUGUGCUGUCUAGCAUUGAAAUCAUUGUCAUCUGUCUAAAGAACCCCACAUUAAAGCAACAUGAAUUCAAAUUCCUUAAUUAUUAUUAUUAUUUUUAAUUUCUGUA